AGGUUUUGCGGUGGGUUACAUGUACGCUAUCGAGCAGGCGCAUUUGGAGCUACAGCGACGCCGUACCGCAUGGAGUGUUGAAAGCAGCGAUAAUGAUAUGAAGAUGGUGGUUGAAGACCUUCCCGGCUGGGUUUACGGUGACGCGACUGUCGCAUACCGGCAGGAAUUCACGUGGACAAUCUACGUGGUGUUCCUGAUCCCGGCAUUACGAUCACUCAACGCCAUCGAAUACGAGCUUUCGUCGGGCCUUGCCGAAAAGCAGGCUCUGAUGGGGCUGUCAGCGGUGCAGUUUGCUCUCGGCCACUUCUUCACGACGGCCGCGUUCUACGUCGCCGAGAGUGCCAUCGUGAUAAUGCUCAUGUACACGGUCAAGGUCGGCUGGAACCACGUGUCAUACGCCUACGGCAUCGACCCAAGCAUGGUGUUGAUCUCUUUCUUUCUGUACGACGUCGGCCAAGCGCUCACGCCGGUUUUAGUCACCUCGGUGUGUCCAAAAGGAUGGGUGAGAGCAGUCCUCUUCCUGGCCAUCUUAAUGGUAGCCCCAGGCGUGUUCCUCGCCGCGCUUUUGCCCGUGACGGUGCCCGACUACUUGACCACAAGCAGGAGAAACCAACUAUUUGGAGGCAUCGUUCCCCACUCCGGCCUCGUCUCCGUCAUGAUGAUCAUGUUCCUCGCCCAGGACUACGAAGGAGGUGCUGGCUGGUCCCUGGUGACCAGGCAUGUCAUGGGUAACAAAGUCACCAUACUGGAGAUAUGGACGCUCAUGCUUGGUUCCAACGUGGUCGUCGCGUUCCUGAUCUGGUACCUCCCGCAGAUCCUCCCGUGGUGCGCCGACAACCCGCGCAGCCCAGUAUUCUUUCUCACGGCCGCCUCUCGAAGUAACAGCUAG